AUGGCGAGUUCGUGGUCGCGGGCGCUGACGCAGAUCUCGCCCUACACCUUCGCCUCCGUCGGCAUCGCCAUCUCCAUCGGCGUCUCGGUCCUCGGGGCCGCCUGGGGGAUUUAUAUCACCGGGAGCAGCUCGAUUGGUGCCGCGAUCAAAGCCCCCAGAAUCACCUCGAAAAAUCUCAUUAGGAAUUCCUUUACAGCCCAAAUAAGCAUCAGUAAUGAUAGGGGAAUCACCAUGAAAGUCAACGGGGACACGAACCAUGACCCCAGCCAUCCCAGGGCGGGACAGUAG